AUGUCUCGAAAAGCCGUUGAGGAUGUUAUGCGGAUUGAGGUUGAGAUAUUGGACGCCACGAGAGGAACCAAUUCAAGGAGCAGCAGCGUUGCUGAUAAACCAGUAGCACUUCCAACAAAAAUCAAACCUCCAAAAUUGGAUUUGCAAGCAGCAAAUAUUAACACCGGAUCUCUUUCAACUCGAUCUGUUGGAUUGAAAUCUCCUCCGACAAGCGGAAAGAAGAGUCGAAACUACACAAACUCGACCACAGCUGAGAUCUAUCCUCCCAUUGCUUCCAACGUAGAUAUCGUUGCAAAAAAAUACACAACAAAACAACCAAGCUCUUCAAAUGGGAAUGACAAAAUGUCAGUUGCAGAGAGAAUGUCUCAAUAUGCCAAACAAUCCCAAAAACAGAUCAGCUCUUCAAGGAAGAAAAUGAAUAAUUCAAAGAGAGGAGAAAGUGCAUCUCCACCAUCAAUGAAUUACUCACUGGCUCCACAUCGUUCGCCAAAGAAAUCAAGCUCUUCACCUCGAUUGUCUUUAACGUCUCCCACAAAAUCAGACUCAAGUGGUAAACACUCGUAUUAUAAUAGACCACAGUCAAGUCCAGCAGGUUUGAGUAGGUCUUCGUUCUCUCCUCCAAAGCCUGUUAGAGAACAUCCUAAUCAUAUUAUCAACACAAAUAUUCCAUUAUAUACCCCUGGUCCAGGAGCUUACAAUGUUGAGACAGCAACAAAAUAUUUACGACCUUCAACUGCAGUUUCAAUAGCAAGGAAUCCAAGAUUUAAGGAUGUAGGAGAAACAGGUCCUGGGCCCAAUCAGUACGAUCCCCAGAAACCACUUAAAAGAAUGCCUUCCCCACGAUUUGGUUCGAGUAAGCGCCCAGAAAUUGUCAAAUCAAUCACACCAGGCCCUGGUGUGUACUCUGGGAAUGACUCUUUUUUGUCUCAAGUGAAGACCACACCAAGAUUUUCGUUUCCUCAUACACCUCGAGAAAUAGAGAGCGAACAUCGAACACCAAGUCCAACAAGUUAUGCUCCAAAGUAUGAAGUCGUUCAAAAAAAGAAUCCAACAGUAGCUUUCACAAAAUCUCCAAAGCAUGAGAGACCGAAAUCUACCUCAGCAUACACGCCUGGACCUGGAAAUUAUGGAAUACCAAAUUCACCCAAGUUGACAAAAACACCAGCAUUCAGUUUUCCAAAGUCCGAGCGUUUAUUGGAUCACAAAAAGCCUGUAGAUGCUCUGUACAAUGCGCAUUCGUCAACGUUCUCUUCAAAAGGUCCUGUAAAGUUUGGAACAAGCAAGAGGUUUCCAACAUCCAAUUAUAAACCGAACGUCCCUUUCUAUCAAGCACAACCUGAAUGGAGAACAACAAAAGGAGGUACAAUUGGAAGAGAUAAGAGAAAUAUUUUGCAAGAAUCAAUAUCUCGAAUUAUGCCUGGCCCAGGAUCGUAUACUCCUAACUUUUCAGCGACAGAACGCUCAACUCCAAAACCGGUCUUGUAUUUGACGGGUUAA